AUGUUUCGCGCAAUCGUCAAUACGGCAACACCAAUCAAUGGUGCAGGUCGAUUAAUUUUUGCACAAAUUCGUAAUGCUGCAGCUCAAGCAUCAGCAGCCAAAACAGCAGCUGCACCACGCACUAAAACCGUUUCAAUUUAUCGAUGGAAUCCAGAAGAGCCAAGUAAAAAGCCUUUCCUACAAGAGUACAAAAUCGAUUUGAACGAGUGUGGUCCUAUGGUUCUUGAUGCACUUCUUAAAAUAAAAAAUGAACAAGAUCCAACAUUAGCGUUCCGUCGUUCAUGUCGUGAAGGUAUCUGUGGAAGUUGUUCAAUGAAUGUCGAUGGUCGUAAUACACUUGCUUGCAUCUGCAAAAUCGAUGAAUCAACCAGUAAACCACUUAAAAUUCAUCCUCUGCCGCAUAUGUAUGUUAUCAAGGAUCUUGUUCCGGAUUUUACAAACUUCUAUAUGCAAUAUAAGAUGAUCGAACCCUACUUAAAACGUAAAACACCAACACCAGUUGGUGAUAAACAACUUUAUCAAAGUGAGGAGGAUCGUAAAAAAUUGGACGGUAUGUAUGAAUGCAUUCUUUGCGCAUGCUGCUCAACAUCAUGCCCCAGCUAUUGGUGGAACGCUGAUAAAUAUCUUGGUCCUGCUGUUCUCAUGCAAGCUUAUAAAUGGAUUGUUGACUCUCGAGAUGAAUAUGCCAACGAACGUUUGGAACAAUUCCGUGAUGCAUUCACACUUUAUCGUUGUCAUACAAUUAUGAAUUGUACCGAAGCUUGUCCAAAAGGUUUAAAUCCUGGAAAAGCUAUUGGUGAAAUGAAAGGAUUGCUGGCUAAAACUGCAACGAUGCCACAUAAAAAUUCAGCAACUGUUGGUGUUGAAUAUAAAUAG